AUGAAUGGUGAUCAUAAAACACGCAAACGAAGGUCCGAAGCAAAUGGUGUGAAUUUCGCAUUUGAGAAAGAUUUCGAGACCGAGUCUAGGGGUGUCAAAGAAACGCAGUGGUACAGCGGUAUGGACGAAGCGGAAAACGAUUUUCCCUACACGUUUGAUGACACCGAAAACUUACAGUCACCCACAGCGGACGCUGAUCGAUUGAGCUGUUGGAAACAGUGUGCACAUGGAGUUCGAUGUAAGUUUACAAAUUGUAUUUAUUUAUUCAAUGCAUUCAUCUUUAUAAUUAUCUCACUUCCCCAUCAUAUUUCACGAAUGGGAGCCAUCCAAGUAUAA